AUGGUUAUGUUAAAGAUCACCGCUUUCCUUGUCGCCUAUGCUUUGAUUAUUUGUCAGAUGUACUGCACAAAUGCAGCUCCAUCCAGGCCCGCUUUGGAGCCCUCACAAAACGAAGCGACGCUCAACGACUACGAGGCGAAAAGGUUACUUAACGCACUUAUUAAGGAAUUCGUCCAGAUGACUGCAGAAGACCUCGAGCAAGAGACCGAAGAGAACAGUGUGGCUAGACCCAUGUCCAAGCGCUGCUCCAAUCUGAGCACCUGCGUGCUGGGCAAGCUUUCUCAGGAGCUGCACAAGCUGCAGACGUACCCACGCACCAACGUAGGAGCGAGUACUCCGGGCAAGAAGCGCAGCGUCGAGCCUGUCAGCAGCUUUUCUACUUACAGGGAGCCGUCCGAUCUCAUCUAGACUCAUCUCGUUCUGGCUCGGUCCUGAUAUCUGAAUGCUGAUGCAUGUGGAUUGUUUUGCUUGCCUGAAUGAUUUGAGAAUCAUUUUUGUUUUUGAUUGGCAGAGAUACACUUUAAUAUUUUUUUCCCUUAAUUAAUCGAUUAAGUUAGCAUUUACGUAUACUUACCUGGGCAGCUUUGUUUAACAGCUCAGAUACAGCAGCACAGAUAUCUUUUCUUUGACUUA